AUCAUUUUACAUUAUGUAAGUAUCACCUACCGUGACCAGCUUAUAUAACCACAGACAAGCCAACCACCUAGCACCUUAAUAUCUCAGACGUACGUAGUACUAAGUAAAGACCAGUUACGAGUCGUCCACCAUAAAGUUAUCAUUCGUCCAGUCGUUUCCUCCAUUUUCUAUUCCUGAUGUUCUCAGAUGAGCUCAAGACGUUCCGUCGACUAGGAUUCCGACACUUUCUGCUCCAAAUUCUCAACUUCGCCUCUGUCAUUACAUCUGGCCUUAUGCUAUGGAAAGGCCUUGGCCUGAUUCUGAACACAGAAUCUCCAAUUGUCGUUGUCCUCAGUGGCUCAAUGGAACCGGCGUUUUACCGUGGCGAUCUUCUUUUUCUUACCAACCCCCCAGGCCAACGCUACCAUACAGGUGAUAUAACAGUAUACAGGAUCCCUGGCGCCGAAAUAACCAUCGUGCACCGCGUCUUGGAGACCCAGGAUGUUUUCAUCCCAUUUGACAAUUCUACGGAGAACCGCAUCGUCAACAACAGACUAGUCAAACUCAAACCACCUCCCGGGGAACAUCAAUUGAUGCUCACGAAAGGCGACAACAAUCAUGUCGAUGACAUUGACCUCUACCGGGGCCUUGAAUGGCUCGACCGAAGACACAUCAUUGGCAAAGCUCGCGGGUUUCUUCCGUACAUUGGCUACGUGACGAUUGCCAUGAAUGAUUUCCCGCAACUUAAAUACGCACUUCUCGGAGGUCUCGGGCUCUUAGCUGUCAUACAACGGGAGUAG